AUUUGGCGCGAGGAGGUUAGGAGGUUAAAUGUACUUCUCCGGUGUUGUGUUUCAAAUAGUUUAUAUUUCUAGUUAAAUGCAUUACAAAAUAUAAUGGAAUAGAAAGUUAUUUCUAAAACUUACCUUCAACAUGGCAACACAAAUGCUAAAUCACAGUAUUUUUGACAAAAGUAGCACCUCAAUACUUGAACGUAGUUUAUUAAUUAAUAAAAAAAGGAAAAAUUUAAAACACAGUGUAUUAUGGGGUUCCUUGAAUAUAUGCCUGGUUUCAAUAUUAAUUUAUGAUAUAUCAAAUACUUGCCCUUAUAACUGGGCAUUUUAUACUUAUGUGGAGUAUGUUCUUAUAGCAAUAAUUUUAUUUAAUGUAUUGUAUCACCUCUUAAAAGUUAUUAAAUUGAGCAUAACUCCUUCAGAACAAAUUUCAAUUAACAUGGAGCAACGAAAAUUAUUAGGAGUUCAUGAAACAGAUCCAAGUUUUAAAAUUAUUAAUACGCCCCCAAAUUCCCCUGGCAAUACAACAUUGGGAAAUACAUCUUCACUGAAUACAACAGAAUACAGUUGGCAGUCAAAUAUUACACCAAAUGAUAGUUUAAAUUAUUCCUUAUCUUCAUCCUGGACCUAUAAAAAAUGCAAUUCUAUGUCUUCAGAUGAUAACAUCUUAUAUGCAGCAAAUGAUCAAUCUACACCUGUUAAAGAUUCUUUUACAGAUGGUUCUUUAGUUGAAUACAUCAAAGAUAAGGAUGACUUGGAUCAUUACUUGAAAAAUCAUUCGCAAACUGAAAAAGUUGACAACAUGGGCAACAAAACACAAAACAACACAUCUUCAAUGAGUUCAUUUUGGAAUUAUCCAGUAGUUAAAGCUGCCAAAGACAUGACUUCAUUCUUGAAAACAUGCCAGUAUCAACACUCUGCACAAUCACCUACGAAAAGUACCAAGACUGAUGAUCCAAGUUCUCCAACUAAUCAAGUGUUGGUGUUGGAAAUUAGAUUUUUGCCUGUUAUUCAAAAUAUUGUGGCUCUGACCCAUUGGAAUGAGAACUUGAGAAAGUGGAUUUCUCAAACAAUUCUGGAACGAAUUGUUUUGACUAUCGACAACAUAAACAAUUCGUUACCGAAUCAUGGUUUGACGGACGUGACAAUCGGUGCAGUCGGUUUGGAACGAUUGCGCAAGACAGCUCAGACCAGUUCAGUGAUGCAAUUCCUGCCAUCGCUUACAACGCUUAUACCAUUUUUGGAGGUACAUCCCAAUCAAGAAUAUUUGGAGAGACGUAUAAGGGAUCUUGCCAAGGGUGGUUGUAUGAGCGAGUUCAAGUGGAACGGAGGUGGGAGGUACAACGGAAGAGAUUGGGAUGACAGCUUGCCCACCGACUGUGCUAUAAUAAUGCACUUGCUAGCUUCUUACAUGGACACUCAAUUGUUACCAGAGCCUAACAGACCUGACACUAAGCCAUUUAGUGGUCAUUAUUAUAUUAGAACUAGCGACAAAAUUCCAAUUUUAACACCAAACUGUUUCUUUAUUAAACAAGUAACUGAAAAACCCCCACACUACAGAGUUGUUGUUGCUGGAAAAAUUUAUGAGAUGAAUAAGGGCUACAAUAAUAUGUUUCACAGUAUUCUUUUUUUCCUGUAUCAUGUAAACAAGUGUAAUGACGGAAUGCUGGGACGGAUAAAUUUAGGGAGAGCUGGUCUUAAUAUGCUCUGGAUUAUUGAUAUGUAAUAUGUAGGACUGACUGACAUUGACUUAAUUUGAAUAUAAUCAAUAAAUAUAUUUUAUAUACUAAAA